GGGCGCGUGCGUACUGGAUGGGUAGCUUGUACGCAGGCGCGCAUGGCUGGGCGGAAGCUACAGUGGCGGACUGCACGUGGAAUCCCAAGUGAUGGAGGGGGCGAUGCAGGUAGACACCCAGAUCCGUACUGAGCCUGGGGCUGAGGCUGGCCCCGGGGGCCCCGGCUGCAGCCUCCGACACUUUGCCUGCGAACAAAAUCUGCUGUCCAGGCCGGAUGGCUCAGCCUCUUUCCUGCAAGGUGAUACCUCCGUCCUGGCGGGUGUGUACGGGCCAGCGGAGGUGAAGAUCAGCAAGGAGAUCUUCAACAAGGCCACACUGGAAGUGCUCCUGAGGCCGAAGACCGGGCUGCCAGGCGUAGCGGAGAAGAGCAGGGAGCGGCUGAUCAGAAACACAUGCGAGGCUGUGGUUCUGGGGGCGCUGCACCCCCGCACCUCCAUCACCGUGGUGCUGCAGGUCAUCAGCGAUGCUGGCUCUCUUCUGGCCUGUUGCCUGAAUGCUGCGUGCAUGGCACUGGUGGAUGCAGGCGUGCCCAUGCGGGCCCUCUUCUGUGGGGUUACCUGUGCCCUGGACGCUGAUGGGAAUCUCGUGCUGGACCCCACAGUCAAGCAAGAAAAGGAGGCCCGGGCGGUCCUGACCUUUGCCCUUGACAGUGUGGAAUGGAAGCUGCUGAUGUCUACCACCAAGGGACUCUACACCAAUGCUGAGCUCCAGCAGUGUCUAGCUGCAGCUCAGGCUGCCUCGCAACAGGUCUUCCGCUUCUUCCGGGAAUCGCUGCAGAGGCGUUACUCCAAGAGCUGAGGCAGGCAGGGCCGGGCCCUCCUGCUGCCACUACCACAACCUCCAGUGUAAAAUAAACUGGCUGCCCAGCCUGGCCUCUCUGUCGUGUGUGCUCUUGUAAGGCAAUGGUCCUGUAGCAGCGGGGACUCCUGGAAG